AUGGCAACUCUGGAGGAAUUGGAGGCUCAGCAAUUGCCAGGAGAAGUGGAGAUCCAUGAGGAAAUUCUAAACUUGCCCACGUCCGAAAUACAGACCAGAACAAAACUACUAGACAACGAGAUCCGGAUAUUCAGGUCAGAGUUACAGAGGCUCUCACACGAGAACAAUGUCAUGCUGGAGAAGAUCAAGGACAACAAGGAAAAAAUCAAGAACAAUCGACAAUUGCCUUACUUAGUGUCCAAUGUGGUAGAAAUCAUGGACAUGGACGAACUAGAGGACGAAGAGCAUCGGGAAUCAACCACCCAAGGCGGUAAUGUGAACUUAGACAAUACUGCGACAGGAAAGGCCGCCGUGGUAAAAACUUCUUCCCGGCAAACCGUCUUUCUACCCAUGGUUGGUUUAGUCGACCCGGAAAAACUGAAACCCAACGAUUUGGUUGGUGUGAACAAGGACUCUUAUCUAGUGCUGGACACACUGCCUUCUGAAUUUGACUCCCGUGUCAAAGCCAUGGAAGUGGACGAGAAGCCUACAGAAACAUAUUCAGAUGUUGGUGGUCUGGAUAAGCAGAUCGAAGAGUUAGUUGAGGCUAUUGUUCUUCCAUUGAAACAGGCCGAGAAAUUUACAAAUAUGGGGAUACGGGCUCCAAAAGGUGCACUUAUGUACGGACCUCCGGGCACUGGUAAAACUCUCCUUGCGAGAGCGUGUGCAGCCCAAACGAACGCCACUUUUUUGAAGCUGGCGGCACCGCAACUGGUUCAAAUGUUUAUUGGUGAAGGCUCAAAACUAGUUCGUGAUGCAUUUGCAUUGGCCAAAGAAAAGGCGCCUACGAUCAUUUUUAUCGAUGAAUUAGAUGCCAUUGGUACUAAGCGUUUUGAUUCUGAGAAAUCGGGUGACAGAGAGGUACAAAGAACCAUGUUGGAGUUACUGAAUCAAUUAGACGGCUUCGGAUCCGACGACAGAGUUAAAGUACUUGCAGCCACGAACAGAGUAGACGUAUUAGACCCGGCUCUUUUAAGAUCGGGAAGAUUGGAUCGUAAAAUUGAAUUUCCAUUGCCAUCGGAAGAUUCUCGGGCUCAGAUUCUGCAGAUUCAUUCUAGAAAAAUGACUACAGAUGAUUCUAUAAACUGGCAGGAACUAGCAAGGUCUACAGACGAGUUUAACGGUGCACAACUGAAAGCGGUUUCGGUCGAAGCAGGUAUGAUCGCCCUUAGAAACGGCCAAAGCCAAGUGAAGCAUGAAGACUUUGUCGAGGCGAUUGGUGAAGUUCAGGCUAGAAAGUCAAAAUCCGUAUCAUUCUAUGCUUAG